AUGGGGAUCUGCAGGACGUGGCGAACCUUGCGGGCCGUGUACGCCGACUGCCUGGAGCGCCUGCAGCAGAGCCUCACCUCGCGCCACGUGGAGCAGCUGGAGGAGCGACUCGGCUCCCCUCGUCGCUCUGCCAUUCCACGGAACAUGGCGGAGCGGCAGGCGGCGUGCUGGGCGCAGCAGUGCCUGCGCGAGCAGUGCCUGCUGCUGGAGCUGCUCUUCCUCUACUACGUCUACUUCGAGAUGAAGCCGCACGCGCUGCUCCGCCUCGCGCGCCUCUUCCAUGCGCAGAGUUUCGGCCUGCGCCAGCUACAGGGGCUGGAGGCGCCGCACGAGGGCAGCGCCAUGCUCGUCAGCCGUACUUCUGUGCGCUUUCUUCUCAUCGAGGGCAUGGACAUCGAGUUCCUGGCCAAGUGCGCGCAGGGCGACUGCGUGGAGCAGCACCAACUGGUCAAGGACGAGGCCGUGUUCAAGGAGCUGGACCAGCUGCUGCAGAGCCUCGGCGACCUGGAGAUUCACGGCCCCGUGCUGCUCGCGUGGGCCAUGCUGCGCUACAAGGCGCUGCCGGACGACCCCAAGUCAGCGACCCGCCGCCUGGGCCGCUCCGCCGUGCAGCUGCAGGCGUUCCGCCUCGUGUGCCGCCUGCUGCGGGCGCCCGGCUUCAGCGGCAGCAGCUGCACGUCCAGCACAGCGCGCGCGGUCGUCUACGGCCUGCUGUCCUUCGUGCUCGGCCUCUUCGACGAGGGCACGCUAGGAGAGCCCCAGGACUUGAUGGACGUGGCGUGCGAGGUGCUGAGCAUGCCUGCUCUCGCCGAGGCCUUCUGGGACGCUGGCCUGGCGGGAGGUCUGGCCAUGCUGCUGGACUCGGCUGCGGCGCAGUUCCCGUACGCGUGCGCGCCGCUGCUGCAGCUGCUCACGGCCACCGUGGUCAGCCAGGCCACGGCCAAGCGGGUCUACAACUUCCUGGACAAGAUGACUUGCUACGCCGAGGCCGUGCCGCAGAGGCCACGCGACAUCGAGGCGUCCGAAGACGGAACCAUGUGGAGAACGACGGCACCCAGGCACCUCUACCCGUUCGGCGCGGGGAGGACCACCAUGCGGCUGCCGCAGGGCGUGGUGGGACGCGUGCUGCCCCUGGGCCCAACCGUGCCGGGCGGCCCCUCCGCCCUGGUGCACUGGGAGUUUGGCUACAGCGCGUGGGCGCUGUUCGCCUGCGAGGUGGAGAUGCUGCUGCACGUGGUGUCCACCGCCGACGUGGCGCGGCACUGCGAGCGCGUGCGUCCCAUCGUGCAGCUGGUGCGGCAGCUGCUGGACGCCGACGGCUCGCUCGCCGCGCCGCUGCUUCCCGUCACCUCCCGCCUCUACAUGGUGCUGCAGAGGCUCACGUGUGUACCCAGCCCGCCGCUCGACGUCAUCGCGGCGUGCGUGAACUGCCUGGCGGCGCUCGUGCCUUAUGGUGCCGCCAAGGUGUGGAGCGACGUGCAGCACACGGGGCUCCUUCCCUUCACCGUGUCCCCCGUGAGCAACGCCGCACGGGCAGCCAGCGGGGAGGGCAUGCACGCGGGAAACUACGGGAAUCUGCUCGUCGGCUUCGAGAGGCACCGGGGCGAUUUCCGCGUGACGGCGUCGUACCUCCGUCUCGUCACCGCCCUCCUGAAGGGCCUGGUGGGGAGCAGCCAGUACCCGAGCCUGCUGCCCUGCCUCGUCUUCACGCUCAAGGAGAUCCUGGCGCUGGUACCGCACGUGGGCGCUGGGCGGCGCCGACGGGCACCGCGAGUGCAUCGUGUUGUUGUCUUCGUCGUCAUAAUGAGUUCACGUUUAUUUGAUUUGUUACACGGAAUCGUCUGUGCUGUGUCUGUAGGAAAGUUGAUGCUGGAGCAGAUCCACUUUGUGCUCAACAUCAGCGUCGACAGUGGCAGGGGUCCCAGCCUGCAGGCCGUGUGUCUGCACAGCCUCCUGCACGGCGAGUCCGGCCUGGCCCUCAUCCACAUGCUGUCCAUCGGCGUGGGCGCCAUCGACACCGUCCUGGCCGCCCAGCCCGGCCGAGUUCUGGAGGGACCGGCGCUCACGCUUAUCCAGACCAUGAAGCUGGCAUUCUCCGUCAUCAACAACACGCUGAGGCUCAAGCCGGCGUCGGACGAGCUCACGCCGCUGGAGCACGCGCUCACUCAGCAGGGCGUCCACGGCAACGUGAUGGCGAUCCUGGCGCGUUACAUUUACCACCGGCACGACGCCGCGCUGCCCAGGCUCGCCGUGCAGCUGCUCAAGCGCCUCGCCAUGGUGGCGCCCAUGUCGGUGUACGGCUGUCUCGGCGGAGAUGCGCCGGCCAUACGGGACGCCUUUAUCGGCCGCCUGCGAUCACCCACCGAGGAUAUGAGAAUCAAGGUGAUGAUCCUGGAGUUCCUGACGGUUGCCGUGGAGACCCAGCCCGGCCUCAUCGAGCUCUUCCUGGACCUGCAGCCGGAGAGCGGCGCGGAUAGCGGCUCCAAGGAGCUGGCGCUGGGCAAUGGCAGCUGCCUGCCCGUGGUGCUGGAGUUGGUGUGUGUGGAAGGCCCUGGGGCGCCCUCCUGUCCCCCGCUGCUCCACCGCACCGCCGUGGCCUUCGUGUACGCGCUGUGGCAGGACCGUCGGCAGAGCGCCAUGACCAUCCUGAGAAGCAGGAAGGACUUUUGGGAGAACCUCACCUAUCCCCUGUUCAGCGACUUCCUGCCAAUAUCCACCGACAUCGAGGUCAGCACGCUCGAAGCGUGCGCCUUCAUCCUCAAGAUCAUCUCCCUGGAGGUGUUCUACGUCGUCAGUGGCUCUCUGGACCCGUCGCUGGUGCUGGUGCUGCGGAGGCUGAAUGAGGGCGGCCGUUACCGCUACUGGUCGGGCUACGUGCGCGGGCUGGCGUGCCGCCUGGCGUCGCGCGCGCAGCUCGGCGACGGGGACCAGGACGUUGGCGGCGGUGGCGGCGGCGCCGGCUACGCGGCGGCGCCGGAGGCCGCAGAAGACGGAACCAACCUGGUGGAGGCGUGGAGGACCCUGCUCAUCCUCGCCACCAAUCACGGGAACAUUCUCUUCCUGGACGACGACGAGACCCGGGCCACCGUCAUGCAGGACGUCCUGGCGGGGCUCAGCGUCCUGGUGAAGGUGGAGUGCAGUCGGCUGUGCAUGCACCUCAUGGCCAUGCUGUCUACCACUCUGUGUGUUCUGCUGCGGCAUUGGGGCAGCGCUCUGCCGGGCGGCCAGGACGUGCUGCCGGAGCUGCUGGACGUGCUGCGACGGCUGCAGCAGGCAACGGAGCGGCGCCUCGCCGAGAAGAUCAAAGCGCGGCUCCUCGCGGCCGUGAUGCUCGUUCUGCAGCAGAGGCGCCUCCGAGCCGGUACUCUGCCCGGACACAAGCAGCUGGUGCAGCUGGUGUGCGAGACGCUGCGGCAGGAGGUGACGGCGCUCAUGGAGCAGAGCCAGAGCUCGUGGCGGGCGGCGGCGGCGGCGGCGCCACAAGCCGGCACCCUGGGAGUCGACAGCAUGGACACGGAUUCAGCUCCAGCCCCUGCCAGGGAUGACAGGGACGGGGUGUGCGUGGUGGCGCUGCACUUGGCCAAGGAGCUCUACCUGCUGGAGGAGGGCACGGGCGGCGGCGGUGGCGGCGGCAGCGGGUACCUGAGCUGCGUGCGUGAGGGCGCGCUGCUGCCCGCCGUGGGCGCUGCCCUCGAGUGGAGCCUGCAGCGGCGGUGCCAACUCCACUUCACAGAGGCGGCGCUGCACUGGCUGCUGGCGCUCUCCACCACCGCGGAGGGCGCCCAGGCGCUGGCCGCGGUCGGGGUGCUGCAGUGCCUGUGCCUGCCCCUGCUGAGCACCUACCAGGUGGACGCCAACGGCCUCGCCGCGCUCGAGAAGGCUGGGGGACCCCCGCGGAGGAGCCACGAGGCGCCCAGCUGGCAAGGCGCCUACUGCCUGUGCCUGGCCGUCCUGCAGGCCGUCCUGAGGCAGCUGCGUCACAGCGCCCUGCCUCAGGCCCUCGACUUCCUGGGCGUCCACCAGGAGCGCAUCCUGCAGAGCCUGCAGGCGGUGCGGGGGGUGCUGGGCCAGGCCUGCCUGGAGGAGGCGGAGAAGACGGUCGCCUUCCUCCUGCACUUGGCCUACUUCACCAGGGAGUGGCACUUCCACCUGCCGCUGUUGCUGAACUCCGUGCAGGUGGCGCUCUGCUCCCUAUGCCAGACGUGCACCGCCUUGCUGCACAGCCAGAAGCUCCUGCAGCAGUACCUCGCGUCGAAAAGCGCGGGGCUGGCGGCGGCACCCGGCCGGGACGGCGGUGGUCGCGGCGGCUGCGGCACGGGCGUCGGCGUCGGCGGCGUCGGCGGCACCGGCGAAGUCGGCCAGGAGGCAGAGCGAGGCCCCGGCGGCGUGGCCCUGGCCCAGGCGAGCCUGCUGCGCAUCCUGGGCACCACGCUGGCCGCACUGCGCCGAUUCAGCCCCGACGUCUGCCAGAUCCUGCUGGACCAGACGAUGGACCUGUCGGAGUACGAGCCGCUCUUCUCGCUGAGCCUGGUGGCUCCGUCGUGCGACGCCGACGCCAGCCCCUCGCUCGGCUCGCUCCUCUCCGCGAUCAGCGUCGCUCAGGGCCUCGCCGCGCAGGCCGACGGGAAAAGGGAACUCGCAAAGCACACAAACGCCGGUGACUUGAAGGCUCUGAAGCCCACGCUGGUGUUCGUGAUGGAGAAUGCGCUGGCGCUGCUCAUGUCGCAGGCCAUGCUCUACCUCAAGCACUGCACCGUCUCCUGCCGCGACAAGCAGCGCAUCAAGCGCGAGCUCAGCUCCGAGCUGGAGGCGCUGCAGAACGGAAUGCUGCGCUGGGUGCGCAGAGGCAGCCCCGUGUCGCCGGGCGCCGGCGGCGGUGGAAGCGGCGCCGGCGGCGGCAGCGGAGGAGCGGCGACAGGCGGUGCAGGCGGCACCUCGGCGGGGGUCUCCCUACAGGCCAAGGGCGGCGGCGGCGGCGGCAGCGGCGGUGGGCGAGCGACGUCACGCUCCGCCGGCGCGGCGGGCGGCGUGGCGGACGCGUGGGAGCACGCCUUCCACGACCUCGUCGACCUCUUCCUCAAGAGGGUGCUGCGGUGAAGGGGAGCUGUUGAGCGUGCGGGCGGUGCCACGGGGGCGGCGGGGG